AUGAAAGGUUUACAUGUCGCCAUUUUCGCAUGUAGUACGGAUAGUUUAUUAAUAUCUAUCCCAGUCUGUUCAUAUCUAUCUAAUUAUAGAUCUCAGUCUAUCUAUCUAUCUAUCUAUCUAUCUAUCUAUCUAUAUACGAGUUAUCCAAAUAUCUAUCUAUCUAUCUAUCUAUCUAUCUAUCUAUCUAUCUAUCUAUCUAUCUAUGUCUGUUUUUCUUUAAGUCUAUCUUUCUAUUUAUCUUUCUAUAUAAGGUUCUUUCUUUCUUUCUUUCUUUCUUUCUAUCUGUCUAUAUAUGCAUUUGCAUAUUUGUAUCCAUAUAUACUCUUCUUCCUUUCAUUUCAACCUCGUCUAAAUAACAUCCGUCGAAAACUUCUUUCGUCUCAGUUCUUUCUUUUUUUUUCUUCCUCAAUCUUUUCCAUUUUUUAUAACAAUUCUUCAUUCAUUUGCUUUUCUCUGCUGAUUCUAUUUUCUUUCUUUUUUUUUUCCCAUUCUUUGUUCUUUCCUUUCUUCUCCACUUUCCACCUGUCAUUGUAUCCUCUUUUUUUUUUAAAAAUAAAUCCUUUCUGUCCGAAAAGAAGCAACUAA